CAGCGAGUGGAAGUGAGCGGGGCCGUGAACGCACCACGCCUGUCUGCUCUCUAGUUACACUAUGGCGGCCCGGACUUGCGGAGGAGGACAACUUCUUACAGAUUCCUCCCAGAAAACUGUAGCAAGGCGACGGGUUUAAUCCCGAACCGCCUCGGGGGAGACACGACCUGGGACAGAGAUAGAAGAUAGAAGAAGAAGACGACGGCUCGACGUGCGGCUCGAACCAGGCUUUUUGUCCGCCCCCCCCCCCUGGAUGAUUGUCGCGGCUGCUGUGAUGCGCGAGGAGCCGCAGCGGAGAAACUCCCCUGAUUUUUCCGCGUCUGCUUCUGCCCCGACUGUCAGUUAGCCGGCUAGCUGCGCGCUAACUCACCCGCUCCGCGCUAACGGUCGUAGUAGCCACGGACCACGGGCUAUCGCGCGCGUUCUACCCGCUCGGGCAGACGGGGAUGGCAUUGCGCCUCCAGCCGGCCAGCGAACCGCUCGAGGCGGGAGAGGAGAACGCGUUCGAGGACCCGGACGAUAAGUUUGUCAGCACUCAUUAGCCUAGCCUAGCCUAGCCUAGCUCGCCUGGUACAACGCCAGGUAACUGUUGGCCGGCCGCUAGCGCUCUUCGCCUGUCCACUAGCGAGCUAGCCAAUUAGCAUUUUUUUAGUGGAACCUGCUAAUCCCCGGUUCAUCCCGGCUCCGCGCCACCUGAUUUCAGGCCGGGACUUAGCCUCAGUGUGUCCGGCGGCGAAGCGCUUAUUGACACGCUACUGUUUAAAAACUCGUGGUUGUGUUGACUGUUAAAAGUCCCUGCUAGGUGUGUGUGUGCGUGCUAGCGGUCUUCUAGGUGUUCUCGGGAGGGAGUGGUAACGCUGGGUGGCUAGCUAGGAGCCCCUGUAUCAGGGUCAUGACAGGCUGUACACGAGGAAUACUCCACAGAUGACACUUUACUGGGCCCCCCCCCUCCCUCUCUCCCACGGACGUGUGCGAGCCGAUCCCCGUGCGGCUCGUUGGGGUGUGAGACAGCUUCUCGUUAGCUUGCUGCAAGACGAGACUCGACCCAGCUUCGAAAGCGCGCACUAAUCUGCUCUCCUGCUACUGACAGACACCAGGUUCAGUUUACUGCACUGGUCGGGCUUUGGAGUCGACAGUGUCCAUUAACUGGUGGGAAGCUGCUGCUGCUGCUGUCUCUGGAGGGGACCGACGAUCGAGUCCGUGGCGGCCCCACCGGCUUCCGUCUCCUGCCCCAGUGCUGGAGGAGUUUGAUGGACGUGGAAGGCUGUUUGCCAGACUGUCAGUGCUAUACUCAGUCAUGUAUGUCUUGACACAUGGCACCCUGGUCUGUACAUAGUGCCUGCUGCCGGAGUUAAGUGUCGUUAUGUAGCUUUGGUGGACAGUGAGUGAAGGGAAUGUCUUGUCUCUUUUAUACCUGUUGGUUUGUUUUUUAUUUUCACUUUUCCCAAACGCACCAGAGUUUAGUUGCAAACCGUGGGAAAGCAGUACAGCCCGGACCGUGCGCAGGGGACAAUGUCUAUUAGUUAGUGCCUAGAAGCUUAAAGGACUAACAGCUCUGCCGACACACGGGCCACGUAUAUUGUAGAUUAUUCUUUGGGGAUUGCAACACAAGCCUGCCACUCUGGAUCAAGAAAACGUGUCCCUCGUGUCCGGUUGGAGUAAUACUCUCAAGCCAAAGUCAAUGCCUUCGGCGCUGGCCGUGUUCACCUGCCGACCCAACUCGCAUCCGUUCCAGGAGCGGCAUGUGUACCUGGAGGAGCCCGUCAAGAUCGGCAGGUCGGUGGCUCGGUGUCGUCCGGCCCAGAACAAUGCCACCUUCGACUGCAAGGUGCUGUCCAGGAAUCAUGCCCUUGUGUGGUUCGACCACAAGACUGGCAAGUUCUACCUGCAGGACACGAAAAGCAGCAACGGGACAUUCAUCAACAGCCAGAGGUUGAGUCGUGGCUCAGAAGAGAGUCCACCCUGCGAGGUCCUCUCUGGAGACAUCAUUCAGUUUGGUGUCGACGUCACUGAGAACACACGCAAAGUCACCCAUGGCUGCAUUGUGUCAACAAUCAAGCUCUUCUUACCCGAUGGGAUGGAGGCACGCCGUCGAAGCGAUGUCAUCCAAGCUCCGUUACCACUACCUGUAGACAAGGUUGCAGCCAACACUCCCAGUAUGUAUUCUCAGGAACUGUUCCAGCUCUCCCAGUAUCUGCAGGAGGCCUUACACAGAGAGCAGAUGUUGGAGCAGAAGCUCGCCACUUUGCAGCGUCUGUUAUCCACAACUCAGGAGGCCUCAGAGAGCAGCUGGCAGGCACUGAUUGAUGAGGACCGUCUGCUCUCCAGACUGGAAGUGAUGGGCAGUCAGCUACAGGCUUACUCUAAGUCCCAGACGGAGGAGGGGAUCCGUAAGGAGCUCUUGGCUCUUCAGGAAGACAAACACAACUACGAGACGACAGCGAAGGAGUCUCUGAGGAGAGUCCUGCAGGAGAAAAUCGAAGUGGUCAGGAAGCUGUCAGAGGUUGAGCGUUCACUCAGUAACACGGAGGAUGAGUGCACCCACCUGAAGGAAAUGUCUGAGAGGAGCCAGGAGGAGCUGAGGGAGCUCGCUAACAAGUACAACGCCGCCGUCAAUGAGAUGAAAGAGCUCACAGACAAAAUCAAGGCGGCUGAGGGACGGCAGGAGGAGCUGACCCAGCGGGGAGCGACGGAGAAGAGGGAGUUGGAGCUGCGGAUUGAGGAGAUGGAGGAGAAGGAGCAGGUUCUCCAGGCUCGCAUCGAGGCUCUGCAGGCCGAUAACGACUUCAGCAAUGAGAGGCUCGCUGCUCUGCAGGUGCGGUUAGAACAGCUACAAGAGAAAAGCAUAAAAGAGAACAACAGCCUGGAUGUCGACAUUGACUCCCACGGACCCGUAGAGGAGCCUGUGGAGGACAAACAGAGCCAGCAGACACCUGAGAGCCACGAGGAAGACGAGGAUGAGGACGAUACAGACACUGAUGAUGGUGCUGUCGGUGAAGAUGAAGAUAUUGAUGACAACUGUCAUGUUAACAACAGCGGAGGAGACUCGACUAGAAUCCAACAGUUGAUUGAGUGUCCGCCGGUCAAACAGCUGAAGGAGACUGUUAGUUCUUCAAUCCACAAACUGGCCAACUUUGAUGAAGUGUUGGACGCACACCUACAGAACAACCAGACAGGAGAGGACGACAUCCUGGCCAGCCCCGAUCGACUCAAAGGGAAUCAGAUGGAUGCCAAAGAGUCAGACAUGUCAGACACUCUGAGUCCGAGCAAAGAUCGCAGUAGUGACGACACGUCAGACGGCAACAUGGACGACCAGGAACUGAACGAACCACAGAACAGAGUAGCUCUGCUCAAAGCUGAGUUGCAUCGGGUUGGUCUAGAGCCUGGAGACACGGAGCAGGUCAUCCACCAUCUCCACAGAGAGCUUCUGGAGGCCCAGGAAUUAGCCAACACCGGCAAGCAGAAAUGUCAGGAGCUACAAGCGCUGUUGGAGGAGGAGAGGAGGAGUAACUCUCAGAUGACUGAAGAGUCGACCAAACAGAUCCAGUACCUGCAGACUCAGCUCGGGAAGCUGCAGGCCGACAUGGAGGCUUUGAGGGAGCAGAGGGAGAGCACCAUCUGCAGCACCAGAGACGAGCUCUACUCCGCCCAGGAGGAGAUCCUCGUUCUGCGGCACGCCAUGGAGGCAGCCACGGCGGAGCGGGAGCGGGAAAUCUCCGCCCUGCAGGCUGACCUGGGCGGUGUGCGCGUUGAGCUGGACCACUGGAGGAACACUGCCGCCAAGUACGAGGAGGAGAUCAGGCGACUUCAGGAGGCCUUCACACAGCAGCAAAAACAGCAGAACACUGCCAACCAGCUGCAGGUGGAGUGUGGUACGUUGCAGCAGCGCUGUGUGUGUUUGCAGCAGGACUGUGACGGCCUGAGAGAUGAGAGGAAAUCUCUCACAGACAAACUGCACCACCUGGAGGCUGAGCUGAGCAGCACCAGGGAACAGAGUCUGGUCCUCAGCAGCAGUCUGGAGUCUCUGGAGAAGAGGGAGGAGGUUCUGCAGGACAAACUGGGUUCUCUGGAGAACCAACACCUGCAGGACGCAGGCAGGCUGAAGAGCCAGCUGGACCAGGCCCAGGCCCGCACACACACACUGCAGACAGAGUAUGAAGACACACAGUCUCAGCUGUUGGACCUCCGUCAGCGCUAUGAGCGAACAGAGCAGGAGAAGCUGAACAUCCACCAGGAGCUGGAGCAGUGCAGGAGCAGCCUGAAGCUACUGCAGGACAAAACCAGCUCCCCAUCCAUAUUGCAGCCUGUCCAAGCCAUAUUCAUGGGCCUUGUCCUGGCUCUGCUCUACUGGUGUUUCGGCCAGUUGUGGUAGAAAGAGCGGCUGGAGCCCCUGGAUGCCGGUCAUCGCAGUGAUGGUCGCCGUGACGGCAGCCGUCCUCUACCCCAACCUCUCCAAGAGCAGCUCCACUUAGGACACAUGAACACAGACACACACACACACACACACACACACACACAGGGCGCUGUGAGGAGAGCAUCACUGCUUUACUUGUAUAAAGUUAAAUUGUACAUAAUUGUAGAGGGAAUAUAAAGGUUGUGGUUUCUACAGAAGAUUCAGAAGCUUCUCGGUUUGUUUUUUUGUUUGUUGGGGUUCUGUAUUAUUUUUUUUUGUUGUUUUUUCUGCAAGCGGGAGUUUCGUUGUCGUUUUUAUUCUCGGCUCUCUCAGCUGUGGUGGGGGCUUUUAUUUUUGGUUUUUCGUCUUUCUGCUGAUUUCUACGUAACAAAUCGUUCUCCAGCAGAUCUGAGCUUCCACACGAACGGCCUGAGGUGACGUUCACACGCACGCUCGCCCGCCCGUUGGUAAACGGAACAGGGUGGAGGAACCAAACACUUCCCAGCGGCCUCGGGGCAGUCGAGGGGAACAACAUCCACAUUUACCUCUGAAAACUGGUCUGCAUGUGUUGAGACGGUUCAUUGGCUCUCAGCGAGUUUAGCUGCAGCUCUGCCCGUUUCGUCAACACUGACCUAUUUUAAUAUCCAGUCGCUUCACACGUUUUUUUUAACAGACUUAAAUGUUGUCGUCCAAAAGUAGUUUUAAUAACUUUAAUAGUUCAUAUUGUCAAAACAUGGUGUGUAUUGAUAAGAAAGUUGGUUUGUGACACCGGGGCUGCCACCUUUUUUAUUCACUAUUAAAAAGUCAAUCUGUAAAUAUCUGUAACUUCCCCAUCACUGGCUUCAGAUCAGUCUGGUGUUUUCAGACGUCUGGUUUCAUCUGAACGUUCUCACAAAACACACAGAGGUCAAACUUACUGUCGUACGUGAUGAAGAGAAGCAGCAAAUUGUUUCAAACUGAUUUAAAGCUUCCAUUCACAGUCGUAUACAAAUUAUAUCGGAAUUAAAAUUCGUUUGAAAGAGACGAGUCAGAGUUGUAGACAAAUCAUUCACCCGAGUCUGCUGGAAAGUGUUCGUCACGUCGAGGCCGCGUCAGGAAGUCCAGCUCUGCUCUGGUUCCCGUCGGCCAUGUUGGAUGUUGAACGUGGCGUUUUCUGUUUUCUCUUUGUUUCGUUUGGGGAGUUUUUGGGGUCGGGGCUUAAACUUGAAGCCAAAUUAUUAAAAAUAAAAGUCAGAUUGAUUUUCUUCGUUUUUUAUUUUUUAUUUUGGCGACACAGUAAAAGGGGUCAAAGUGCCUCUGAUGUGAUUUACUAACACCACAGUUUGUGUAUGUGUGCGGACAAACACUACGACACACACACGCACUCGCGUAGCGUCUUCGACUGUCUGAGGUGUGUGUGUGUGUGUGUGUGUGUGUGUCUGUGUUGUUCGGAGAGAAGAUGGACACUGACCUGCUUUUUCCUGGGCUCAUGACCUUCACAGUGAAACGUGAUAACUGUCUCUUUAGGACCAUGUUGGUUCAACUCUGGUUCAGACUCAACAACUUCUGGAUGGAUUCAAAUUUGCUUCCCUGAGGCUUAAUCCCAUUGACGUUUGUUGUAGCGCCACCAUCUGGUCAAGAUAUCUUCGAGUCCCACAAUUAAGUUUGUGACAGGAAAGCUGGUUACUUAUAUUAAUAACAUACUGUCGCUCACCUUAAUGAAUCGUGUUUGUCAGUCAUGAUGCUGCCACUUUUUAAUCCUACUGCCAAUUCAUCCUGGUGGUCAGUCACCGUACUGCACCACAAAGGUUUUCUGCACUACAGUCUAUUCCCCAAAAAACUAGACAAAUCUUUGGUUAAUGUGCGUUGAAAUCAAUUUUCAGUCAAGUGAGAAGCAGCCUCCUUUGAGUUCAGAGUUCAGGUUUAACUAUCGACCCACUCUGUUGGUCUUUAUCCCCCUUAAAACAUUUGCUUUCGAAAAUCUAGUUUAUAUCCUAAAUUUUCCUAAACCAAUGUUCGCUGCACAUCCUGACACUUUACCAGUGUCAGCUGUCGAUCAGUGGGGAAACUUCUCUGGCAGGAGAUGUGCGUCAUGUUUCCUCAUGCACACGCAAACCUGCAAAACCUUUGUUCCACAGAGCAAAUGGUGGCCAAAAAGUGCAGGGUCCCUGAACGCAGCACAGAGUCCUGCUGAGUCUGAAGUCCACCAGUGAAGAGCUGAGUGACGAGACGUCUGCUGACACACGAUUACACCUCGUUCCCGUCCAAUCCCAGUUUUUCUAUUUAACAUUUGACCUUCAAAGGUUUUCACAUCAACAUCCAGGACAUAAGUAAUUGAUAAUAAAUAUGAAAAUCUUCUUUUAAUUUCCUGGUGCCAGCCUCAUGACUUAUUUUACACGUUUUGUGAUGAUGAAGACAACAUCCACGUCUCAAACUGGGAAAAACGUUCUUAAACUCUAAAACCAGACCAGACGUGCAUCAGACCAGUUGAAUGUUUUGAUCCUCACGUCGCCAUCUUCUCUUCAAACACAGUCACACGCACUUGAGGCCUCUGCUGAGAUCAUGUGUGUGUCUGUGUGAGUGUGUGUGUCGGUUCACACUCUGGACUCUUGAGCAGUGUUUGUCAUCAUCUGUGUACUCUGUCUUGUCUCCGUGUUUUAAAAAAAGAGAAAUAAAUAAAGAGAGAAAAGACAACGAACAAAUAUUCCUGAUGUUUAAAGAGAAGAACACUACAGAACAGUACAGAGAGAGAAUUGUAAAAUAAAAAUGUUAUUGAAAUGACGUGCUACUAGACUUAUUUUGUUAAAAUUGUUUAGAGAUAUGAGAGGGAGCUGUGUAGAGGAUAUGAUUCAGAUGGUGUGUUUAAUAUGCAGAGCGACGUUUGGAUUAAAGUUGUAGCAAGCUGACCCACCA